AUGGCUGCCCUGCGCGUCAUCGAGGUUCGAAACGACCUCCCGCCAGUCAAUUGCAAGCACGACCUGCUGCUUAACGUCUCAGUCCAGGGACGCUUUGUCCGCAAGCGCAACUUGUCCAAAGGCCUCGUGUUUGGCGAUAUCCAGAUGCAGGAUGGAGAGCUUCUCGAGGUCAUGAUACGCGCGGAAAAAGGUAUACUGGACCUCGCAGCUGUUCGCCAGAUCAACCGGGACGUGCAUCUUGGUGACUUGAUCACGGCUUGCGGCACGUUGCAGCGUAAAUUUGACAAGCUAGCGAACCUUGAUGGAUGGAUGCUCGUAUUGCAUUCCAUGCAAGUGGACGAACUUUGGAGUUUGCGACACGCGGACACUGUUUUUAGCUACACGGACUCGAGCGGUGUGUCAUCUCCGGAUUCUGCUGCUGUAAAUGGAUCGUGGGCGCUGCCGCCUUCGUCAAAGGCGGAGGCUGUCAACAAGUACACCAACAUGGUUGUCAUCGACGGCUUCAAUGCGUGCAAAUUCUACUUCUCCUCGUCUGGCGGUGUCAACUGCCUGCGCGGUGAGGUAUGUCAUUUCUGGCAUGGACAACCGGAGCAUUUCGCAGAAAACCGACGCCGCUGGAUGAAAAAGCGUCUCGAACAGCGCGCAAAAGCUGCACACCUGGCCGGUGACACUAUCGAUCCCCACUCUAAGAUCGAUAAGGCCCAGCGUAGCCGCAUCUUCUGUGACUGGCUUGUCAGCUCUGUAGGCAAGGAGCAGCUUGCCGGCGGAACGGGUGUCAUUGAUAUUGCUGGCGGUAAAGGCGAUAUCCCAACCCAGCUUUGGAUUCAACGAGGUAUCCCGACAACGCUGAUCGACCCGAGACCUAUGAAGCUUGGCAAACACAAUCGGAAACUCGUUGCCAAAGCCGCAACAGGUCGCAAAAUGAGCCCCCAAUUGCUGCGCCGUCUGGACGAUGAAACACUAAGGCUGCACAUCGAGCUGUUCACUGACUGUUCCCUUCUUGUUGGCAUGCAUCCAGAUGAAGCCACCGAAGCCAUUGUCGACAUUGCUCUGGCCCUGCACAAGCCAUUCGCCAUUGUGCCUUGUUGCGUGAUGAGCCGAGUCUUUCCGGAUCGCACAUGCGUUAAUGGCACACCGGUCGAUACGUAUGAGACAUUCGUAAAGUAUCUUUUGGAGAAGCACCCAUCAGUUCAAAGUGCGUUUCUGCCGUUCGCCGGGCGCAACCAAGUGCUUUACGUUUUCGACUACGACAAGGCGCGACACACUGGUGAUGGCGUCCUUGAGUCAACAAGCACAAAAGUCCAGGUUGGUACUCAAACACUCAAGGCAUCACCGUAA